AUGACUCAAAAUCAACAGAACCACCAGAAUGGUGGAGAGAAUGAUGAGUUUCGUGGUUUGGGAAGAUUUCAACGAAACAACACAUCGAUCUUCAAGGGCACGCAUGAUCCUGAUGGUGUACAGACGUGGCUCAAAGGGAUUGAUAAGAUCUUUCGGGUGAUGGCUUGUAUUGAGGUUCAAAAGGUACAGUUUGGUACUCAUAUGUUGGAAGAGGAAGCUGAAGACGGGUGGGAUAAUGCACGCCAUAGAAUGGAAAUUAUGGAUACAAAGAUCACUUGGAUUGUGUUCAGAGUUGUAUUUAUGGAGAAGUACUUUUCUGAGGACGUGCGUGGUAAGAAGGAGAUUGAAUUCCUUGAGCUGAAACAAGGGAAUUCAUCUAUUGCUGUGUAUGCUGAGAUUAAGCAGGGUAUUGGAUAUCAAGAGGUUCGCCAGUUUCCUGUGUUAGUGAACAAGUGCAUAAUCUUUUAUGAAGAUAGUAGAGCCAAAUAUUCUUAUUAUAAGAAUCUUAGUGAUAAGAAAGGGAGAAACCAGGAUCGUGAAAAACCGUACAAUGUUUGGAUGAGUUAA